ACAUGAGGUUAUAAAAACCAUAGUCCAGACCAGAGCUGGGAAGAGGAACAGAAAGGGGAGAAGGAUGGCAGAGAUGUAUGAACACAAGGAGCCAGAUGACUCUGAGGAGGAGACAUUUGGGGGCCAGAGACUGGCUGAGAGACGCCCUCGACUGCUACACAGUUUGAGGAGCUUGCCAGAGAGUCUGACCUGGGCCCCUCUGCUUCUCCUGCUGCUGCUCUUCGUCUCACUGGGUUUCUUCACGCUCCAGCUGACCACUCUGGUUCAAGUUUCCAGGAUCCGGUGUCUGCAGAGAGAUUCGGGAGACCAUGAGAACAACAGCCUGGAUAAAUGGCUGGACACCAGGUUCCGGAGUCUGACUGAAGUUGCACAGAAGCAGAUGCAAUCAAACCUGGAGGAGAUCCUACAGCGCCUGACCCGGAUGAAUGCCACCCUGGCUGGCCUGUGCCAUCCUUGUCCUCAGAACUGGGAGUUCUUUGGCGGAAGCUGCUACUUCUUCUCCUGGACCCAGAGUGACUGGAGAUCUGCCGUCUCUGCCUGUCUGCUUACUGGGGCCCACCUAGUUAUCAUCAAUAGUACUGAGGAGGAGAAAUUCCUGAACUUUUGGUAUGCCAGGAAUAAUAAACCCACCUGGAUCGGCCUCAGUGACCACCACAGUGAGGGUUCCUGGCGGUGGGUGGAUGACAGUCCUGUCCAACUCAGCUUCUGGAAAAAAGGGGAGCCCAACAACCACGGAGAUGAGGAUUGUGUGGAACUGCACAACGAUGGCUGGAAUGAUGGCAGAUGUGUUACAGAAAACCCCUGGAUCUGUGAGAAGCCCUCGGCUCCCUGCCCAGACCUCUGAGGGCUGCUGCCUCCACCUUCCCACCUCGCCCCGCCCCGCCCCGAUCCCGCCCCGAUCCCGCCCCGUUCCCGAUCCCGCCCCGUUCCCGAUCCCGCCCCGUUAGCAGAGAUCAGCCAACUGGAACAUCCACUCCGAGGGUUCCUCUUGGGCCCCACCCCUUUCUGUUUUCCCCUCUGGUGAAUGCCCAUCCCCUUACUAUUCAGAAGACUUUGAGAUCCUCUAAGACCAAUCUCUCCACAAGCUAUAGACCAUUUUUCUUCAUCUGUCGACAGGCUCAGCUCCCCACUCUGUCCCACCAUGAUAUCCCCCUAAUAAAGUCAUA